AUGUCAGAGGACGACGAAAUGGAUAUGCUGCCGGACCUACAGCCGGUCAUGCCGCAUAGUAUGUCUCACAGGCCGAAUGAUCUACUCCGUCGAGCAGUCACCCACGGAAGACCUCCACCGGCUCCAUCAGCAAGUUCCUACGGAAAACGAAAAGAAAUGGCUGCUCUCCCAUGGUCCGACUUUUUCGAUAAGAAGAAAGAAGUAAACAUUGAUGGGGACAUAUUCAAUGUUUAUUUGAAGGGUACCCAAGGACCAAUUUUCUACUUGCUUCACGGAGGAGGUUAUUCCGGACUUACCUGGGCUUGUUUUGCGAAAGAGUUGGCGAGAUUGGUAGAUUGCAGAGUGAUUGCUCCGGACUUAAGAGGUCAUGGUGAUACCAAAUGUGCUGAUGAGCAUGAUCUUUCAAAGGAGACACAGGUGAAAGAUAUCAGCGAGAUUCUCAAUAAAGUUUAUGGAAGAACAGACGAGCUGGUCACUAUUGUGGGUCAUAGUAUGGGUGGUGCACUUGCUGUUCACACUCUGAAUGCAAAAGCACUGUCUGCAAAAGUUGCUGCUCUCAUCGUCAUUGAUGUCGUCGAAGGCUCAGCAAUGGAAGCAUUGGGUGGAAUGGUUCAUUUCUUACAUUCACGUCCAUCAUCAUUCGAUUCUGUUGAUAAAGCCAUUCGAUGGUGUCUGUCUUCUGGAACAGUCAAAAACCAAACAGCUGCUCGGGUUUCGAUGCCUUCCCAGGUUCGAGAAGUUUCCGAGAACGAAUUUACGUGGAGAAUCGAUUUGACGACCACAGAACAAUACUGGAAGGGAUGGUUCGAAGGACUGUCUUGUGAAUUCUUGAGUUGCUUUGUUCCUAAGCUCCUUGUCUUGGCAGGAGUGGACAGACUAGAUAAGGGCCUUACAAUUGGCCAAAUGCAAGGGAAAUUCCAAACUUGUGUUCUUCCAAGAGUUGGGCAUUGUGUACAGGAAGACAGCCCAGAAAAACUCGCCGAUGAAGUGGCGCGUUUUGUAAUCCGUCAUAGAAUCGCUAAACAGAACCUCAAUAUUCCUAACUUUGCUCCAUCACAAGAUCCAGCAAUUCGUUUGUACGAGCAACGCCAUCAUCACUAA